AUAUAUAUAGAUAUCGGAGCGUAUUUCUCAGAAAGAAAAAGAGAAAAGAUGAGAUGUUCAAUCCUCAUGGAUAAAAUGCCUUCUCCGUUUCAGAUUGUGUCCCUAUCUCUACAAGUCACCGAUUCAGAGCGACGAAGCUACCUGCAAUCUCAGCUCCUUCUCGGUCCUUCCUCCUCACACCGGGUCAAAUUAGGGUUCAAUCGAUCGGGCCCUUAACCUUGACUUCUUCGGUUCUUCUUCUGCUAUUCUCUGUUCUAAAUUUCAAGCUGUUCUACAUUUCAAGAAUAUGGCUCUUCGUUCUGUGCUUGGAAAGAUGGGGAGAACUAUGACUAUGACGAGUGGCAAAUGUAUUCACAAAAAUGGUAGACUAGUUUUGAAGCUUGGGAAUUUUGAGGCUGAAGCUAUCAACCACAAAAACAAUAACAAUAAUAAGGAUGCUCCUUCGAAGGAUGAUCCUCUUACUGCUUAUCUCUUUGAAAUGGGUUGUUAUAAUGAAAAUGGGAUUCUAAUUCCAAUGACUGUUAAUAGGGGGAUUGAUUAUCAUAUGGAUUUGGGGGGCAUAGGACCUGCCCGUUUUGCUGUGGAAGAGUUCAACAAGAGGAAGAAAACCCAACUGCAAUUUGUGAGAGUGCAGAGAACCUGGAUGAAACCACUGUAUCAUCAUAAAUGUAUGUAUAAACUACUACUGGAUGCAGCUGAUGCCGCCGGUGUGGUGAACUUUUACCUAGCAUAUGUUGAGAUAGAUGAUAUAAAUGAAGGAAUGUGGUUGAAAGAAUUCAAUAUUUUCCGUGAUAAUGGAUACCCUUCAAGACUAUAUCAUCACCUAGACAACUUCUUUGUUGAAUGAUGCUUAAUUGAUUCAGAGGGGUGGUAAUCAUUUGGUAUGCACUGCAACUAUAACAGAGGUGUCAGGUGAAGGAGCUGCAAUAUUGUCAGUCAUAGGAUAGCUGGGUUUCCUUUCCUGUUCGGGAUACCACUUUGGAGAUUAAUCCCUUCGAUUAAUAGGAAAAUUCUAGUAACUUUGAUCUUAGAAACAUACAAGAGGGCAGAAUUCAGCAUUUCGUUUUAUUGUUUAUAAAUUACAUGUAUGACAAUAUUUUGUCGGGCAAUGCGUAAACCCGU